GCAAUCUAUAAACUUGUUUUCUUCAGGAUAAUUUAAAAAAUUAAAUGAUGUGUUGAACAUACUACUAAAGGAACUUUACGUUUUGAUUAUGGCCUCUACACUGAAGAUCUGUAGGAAUUUUUCUGAUUAUUUUCAAAUCUUCCUAUGACCUCUCUUCAUAGAAAUAUCAUCUUUGAAAUAAUUUGUGUGAAUACAAAUCACAAAUGGAUGCACAUGAUCGUAUUACCAUAAUCACUAAUUUUAAGUCUCCUAGAUAUUUUCUAUAUCAUUUUUCUUGCUUAUGUCAGUAAUAUGAACAUGCUCUUCAUAUAACAGAAUAUUUAAUUACAUCAGUUUCCCAUCAGCCCACCAAAGUCACUUAAUUAUAUUGGUUAUUUCCAUUGAUUGGCAGGAGGCUCUUCCACUAACAGCUCCCAUGGUUUCUGUGUCAUCAUUUUUCUUGCCAGACCUAGUUCAUAGCCAGCUUCUCUUUUGUAAUCUGUUCUGUAUACUUUCUGUAUGCUGCAUUUUUAGGGAUUUCUUCAAGAACAUCAAGAACCUUUCUGUACAAUAUUCUUAGCCUCUUGUGUGGACUCUUGCACACAGCUAAUCCCACAAGGCCAGUGGUCUUCACACCUGCCCUGACAGCGCUAACGAGUCAAUGACCUGUGGUUGUAUUUUUAUGGAAUUUCUUUUUUUUUUUUUUGAGACGGAGUUUUGCUCUUGUUACCCAGGCUGGAGUGCAAUGGCGCGAUCUUGGCUCACCGCAACUUCCGCCUCCUGGGUUCAGGCAAUUCUCCUGCCUCAGCCUCCCGAGCAGCUGGGAUUACAGGCAUGCGCCACCAUGCCCAGCUAAUUUUUUUUUGUAUUUUCAGUAGAGACGGGGCUUCACCAUGUUGAGCAGGAUGGUCUCGAUCUCUUGACCUCGUGAUCCACCUGCCUCGGCCUCCCAAAGUGCUGGGAUUACAGUCUUGAGCCACCGUGCCCAGCCCUGGAAUGUUUUUCUUUAAAUCAAUGUCACGUUACUUGGACAUUCUAGAGCAGUUUUUCUCAGUCUUUUUAUAAAAGUAAGAUACUCUUUUAAUGUAAAAAAUUUCCAGACCCAAGUAUGAUUUAAAUUAUUUUUUUUAGAUUCUGUUGAGAAGCUCUAAUGACAGAAAAACUCUCUUAACAUUUUAGUGCAGCUUAUCUUUAUUAAAUGUAGCAGCUUCUUCAUAGACUUGCAAAAUAAUAGUACUUAUAUGUGUAAAUUUACUUGAUUUCUAGAUGCUUGAUGAGCAAAUGAAUAAGUAGAUCCCUUGAAAUAGCUCCCUGGAGAGCCUCUGCUCUAGAGGAAGACAUAUCCUGCAUAUGUAAUUCUAAAGUCUAAUGUCAGGAAAAGAAUGAUUAGACGAGUUCUGAACUGCAAGUGGAGUUCUGUAACUCCAGAGCUAAAAGCCACUGUAUGACAAGUUAGGAAGAUAUAUUUUCUUCCACCUGUUCAUACACUGAAUGGUUUCGAAAGCAGCCCUUGAUAUCACCUCAUUUUCCUCAUUUCAAAGAAUUCAGUUGGGGAAGAGAACACAAUCCACCAGAUUGUUAGAAACAUUUGAACAUACCUAAUGACUCUCCCUUGGCUCUUUUAAUUAAUCUACUGUGAUCUAUUAGAGAGAGGACUGGGUUUGUCAGCUAGGAGACUACAAACAUAAGGUCUUGGCUGUAAGCCCAACCUUGAUUAUGAUGAAAGAAAAAGAUAAGCUUCACACCUUGGUUUUUCCGCCUCUAAAACGGGUAGAGUAUCUUCCUUGUAUCUUCUUAGGAUGUGACACAAUGAUACCCAUAGGCAGCAGUUUCUUUCUUUUUAAUCAGUAAAAGUAAACAAAAACCUUUGUGAAGGUAGAAGCUAUUAAUAAGUACCAUAUAAAGGAAUAGGACCAUAAAUCUCGGGAAAUUCUAAGCAUUCUAAACGCUGCUUUUAGGCAGGGCAACAGCCAAAAGACCAGCUGGUAGAUUGAGACCUUCCUCAAAAACCUGGCUUUGUUCUCUUGUGGUUCCAUUUUCCUCUUUUCAAAUGGGGUCUAGUGGCUUAGUUGUGGUUAUUCCACAGUGAUGCCUCUUUUAUUGCUAUUCUUACAGUUCUGACAACAACAGCAUUCUUGCACCACUUAACUCUCCAAGAUGUAGGCAGGGGAGGCAGCUGCCUCAUUUCUGAUGUGCCUGUAUUACCUGCAGCAAAAGCAUCCCAGCGUUCUACCUUUGUCUAGGAGUUGGGGUUGGGAGCAGGUAUUCAGUUUAAGUUUUAUAUGCCAUCUGUAUAUUUUCAAAAACAUUUAAUAGGAUCUUUAUUUCAAGCUUUUAUAGCCCUUUCAAGUUGCUCUAGGGAACUUUCAGCAGUUUCUUAGCAAAACAGGUAGACAGUAAGUGUGAAUCAGCUGAGUCCAGGAAAGAAUGGGGUUUGGGAAGACCAUAUUGUUUGGAUUUUCUGCUAAUACUAAAACUGAAUUUUUACAACACAGGCAGGGAGAAUUACUGUCAUGUGGUGGGACCAGGUGGGAGAGGUGACAUAUGACUAAGUAAAUCAGCUGACCUCAGUUAAAGGGCUGUGACCAUCCAUACAAUGGAACCCGUACCUGGUCCAACUGUUGCUCAGUUGAGUGAGAUUCCCAUGUCUGAGGGGGUGAUUGGGGUGAUGAUGACUUUUGAUGGAACUGACCUUACACAGGUUUCCAGGGGGAAAAACCCACCAAACUUUAAGAAUUCCAAAACAAUUUCACAAUUCUGAUUUUAGUAGAGGUUUGAUUUGAAAAGGGACUCCAUCUGUACCUUCUCUCUUGCCUUUGUUUUAUAGAUGUCAGUAAUGCCAGUAUUUUAAAAAGUAGAAAUGAAUUAUAAACUAUAUCUUAAGGAUUGUGUUAAUUGGUUAGGAUUUCUUCCCCUUUCAGUAGCUUCAGAUCCCAAUAGGUAGGCAAAAUGAAGAUAAUAGUAAAAAACUAAGCUUUUCGUAAGAGAUGUUAUUUAUUUUUAAGUAGAGAUGGGAUAUUGCCAUGUUGCCCAGGCUGGUCUCGAACUCCUGGGCUCCAGCAAUCCUCUAGCCUCAGCUUCCCAAAGUGUUGGGAUUACAGGGAUGAACCACUACCCUCAGCCUGAGAUAUUAUUUGAGUAGGAGAUCAUGAAUAUAUAUAAGGAACUUAGGAGUGCAUAUGUAAAGUUUUCUCUUGAACCUACAUUUUUGAUCAGGGGAAGAGGUGAUUUUUUAGGUAUAAUAAUGUGCAAAGUAAUGAAUAACAGUCUCUAAAGACAUUUAAAACAAUAAAGUAUAAAUGUCUUUAUUCAGAAUGAGCUGAGUUCUGAAGCCUCAUGUUUUCAAGAAUUUUUUAUCAGGUGGCUUGUGAAAGCCUGUCAUUAACUAAACCUGUGUUGUGUUUCCCUCAGAAUUUCAUUAAAAAGGUAUGCAUAGGUUCACAUCCCCCUUACGUGAAGGGGCACUGAAACAGAAACUUGAUAGAAAUAUUGAGGAGGGAAAAGAUAAAGCCACUGUGGCACCUGGCCUCCUUCUUUCACUUCCCUUCCCAAUUCUGCCCCUUUGAGAUAUUCUUUGAGAAGAUGGAGGAAGCUUGCUAUGCUUGGGGUCAUCACCCUGGAUCUGGUGACGGGAGUGGCUCAGCACUGGGAGUUCCCUUCCCAAAGCCCAGAGCUAACUCAUCACGUCCAGCUGCUGUCAAGAGUUGGGCAGUCCUGUCUCUUGGCUUUCCUGGGAAGGCCUGAGUGAGGUGGCAGAAGCAGGGAAGGGACCAUGAGAGUACCUGGUAGACCUAAUGCCGCCUUCCCCCUCCCAACCCCACCCAGGCCAUCUAGGAAGGAGUUACCAUGUGGACUGGGGUACAGGAAGGCAGAGAAUAGAGGGUUGGAAUCCAGAAAAGAGGGUGGAGGGCCCGACUGCAGUUACUGCCAUUGUCUGAGGACAGACUAAGCCCUGGUGCAGAAAUUGUUUGGCUGUUGGCCUUUUCUCUUCAGAUGUUCUCAUGCAGGAAGUGUCUUAAAAGUAUGGUUUGCUAACCUGAGUAUAUCAUGCAUGUGCACAUUUGGAUGCCAAACAUAUAGGCAGAUAAAACUGAGAAGCCAAAUGCUAAGAGAGUUGUUGAUGAAUUGAAACCAGCCUGACUGGCUGCACUGUUGGAGUCAUUUGCCCACACAGCUCCAAACUUCUGUUUGGUCUACUAAAAACAUUAGUUGGAAAGGUACAGCAUUAACUUAAGGCAGGGAAGCCUCCAGCACGUGAGAAAGCCGUGCCUGUCUCGGUGAUGCUGGGAGGGAAGGAUGGGAGAUGAGAGUCAUUUCACUGCUGCCUGGCUCCUCCUCUUCCUCUCCCUGCCCUGGAGCGGCAGCCUCAGCUUUCCAGAGUCUCUUGACUGGUGCUAGGCCCCACGAGCGGUUGGAUUUUAAGUAUUUCUCAGUUAUUUUCAGUAUCAUCAGUCAUCACUUUCAGAGUUUCUUUUCUUUUUCAAGGGUACCCAGUCUAACUGUUUAGCUCCUUUUCAAUAGCCCUCCUCACUCACUUAUGCUCAGUCAGGAAGAUUAAUAAUGUUAACUGAUUUACUAUCGCUGCAAAAAACAUUAGUUAAUUAGACUUUUACACCUCAGUCAGAUGGCAUUAGACACCCUUUGUGUGCUUUAACUCAAGGAUGUUAAAGACCUAAAUCUCUCAGAAAAAAAGAAAAGAAAGAAAAAGGACAGGCACUUUUCCAGUUUAAGCUGCAUGUUGGUCCAUGUUAAUUAGGCAUUUGUCCUUUAGUCUGGAGGUGAUAGAAAAUGCCAGUUACUGUGGUAUUUAACUGACAUCAAACUCCUGUCCAAAUAAUUCAGUUGGGCCCAGCCUUCUCUCUUAAUUGGUGGGAAGGAAAACUUCGGCACACACCCAGAAUAGAGGAAACUGUUACUUACAUUGAACAUUUUGAAGUUUCAUUCUGAAGGAUCUGAAGGACAUUUGAAUGUUUUUUAAAUUAACUAUCCAGUUGAGCUUUUUUAAAACAGUAACAAAAAAUCUCCCUUAAAACUUGAGCUACCCAAAAUGAUUAGCUUUUGUAAGUCUUCAGAAAAUGAAAGUUUAGUAACUGUUAUCCAAGGUCAAAGUGGUGGUUGUUACCCAAGGCCCUUAUAGAUUUAUGUAUCUCUUUGGCCUUGUUUUAAAAAGUGCUCUGAACAUUGACAGUUUUCUAGCUCAUACUUAUAUUUCUUUUUUAAUACCAGAAAUUCACAAAUAGGUUAAGGCACCCAGCAGCAGCAUACACAUUGAAAAAUCAACAUAUGAUAGCAUGUUGGGACAAAAGUGACAUGAAUAUGAUUGUUUCAUGGGAGCAGUUAGAUGACACUUCGUUUUGUUUUUUAAAGCCACUUGUUCCUAGUUGCUGGAGAAGGUAAUCCCCCAUAACGAGUAUAGUUUACCUUUUUCAUGAGUAAGGUAAAACAAUUGCAAAAAUAAUGAGAAUAUGUUUUUUCUAACUAGUGGGUAGCUAUAUUUGCUUUUAAACCUUACUCACUUUGUGUAUGGUUUCUAGCCAAAGGUUCACACAUUUGAGAGCAUUUCACUAUUAGUACUGAACUACUUUUUCAUGCACUGAAUGAAUACAAUAUGUUAACACUCCUGUAAGGCCCAGAAUUGCUUGGCUGCCCCUUGCCCUGCCUGCCUGGUACUGGCUGAAAAGGUACCAUUGUUUGUUCUGCAAACACUGGGUGAUGUUUGUUUCCAAGGUGACUGGUUCUAUUGCUGCCUUUGAAGCAAGGUGGGGGGGUGGGGGAGAGAGAAAGUUGGCUUUAAACACCUGAGAGCAUCCUGUUCUGAGUACAGUGUGCGUAUGUAUAUGUGUGUAAGUUGAAAUUUUAUUUUAACUGAGGUAACCGGAGAGAAAGGAAUAGUGUAGAAAUGAGAGGAAAAGACAGUGUCAGUAAGCCAAAAAUAUUAGUAGGUUUUGAUAUUUAACUCAGUAUACUUUGAGAGAAUGUAAUGGUCCAAAACGUUAAAGAUCUGGUUAGACUGAAGUUAACUAGUUAAGGGGAGAAAAAUGUCUUAGAUGCUGACUGUUGAAAUGUUAAAUUUAUUUUUGCAUGAAAUAGUUUCCUUCUGCUAUAACCUAUGUGUGGCUAUUCAGAUGAAUAAAUAACUUGACAAUAUAAUUUAAUUGGUUAUUGAUCAGGUAGUUGGGCCUUCAAAAAAAAAGUAUGGGAGAACAUGAAAUAUAAACAGAUUCAAGUUCCAUAAAAAAAGAAAAUCUGUAAAAUCAUUCAGGUAUAUUUGUGUCCAAAAAUUUCCAAAAAGAUAAAAUAGAUAAUCUUUUCAUUGGUGAUAUAUAUUGGCUUAAUUUAUUUGACUUUGGAAAUUCAUAUUUUAUCAGUCAGAACCUUAGAUUCAGACUAGAAAAAAAUUCCUUGUUGGUCCAUUUCCCCACCCACUCUUUUUUAUUGUACAUAGAUGCUGUUAGCAGAACUUUGGCUUUUUCAUUCCUAUCAGGUUUAGUACAGUUCAUGCGCAGGUUUCAGUAAACAUUAACUACUUUUAUCAGGACUUGCAGUGUGCUGAAUGGUUAGCACAGAGAGUGUACUGCAAGAGACAGAUGAAAAUGAGAGAGUCCAAGGUCACAUGGAUGUUGAAUUUGUUUUAAUUAUUGAGAAUUUAGGGGAAAGACCAUCAGGCCUCACACUUUAAAUCUCUUUAUGUGGGCCUGCCAUAGGGCUUCUUUGCCAGCUUUUUUAUGUACUGAAGGUAAAACAUUUGUUCAUGGUGUGAGUGGUAAGGCAAGUAACUUUAAAACAUGUUUUUUUCUUUCAAUUAAAAAAAAUUAUUCAGGGCUUCUUUCUAGGAUGAAAGAUUCUCAAGGCCCUAUCAAAGACAACACAACACUUAUCAUGGUGAUUCUGAAGACCCCUUUGAAUUUUAUAAGGAUCCUUUUUUUCCCCUUCUCAAAGAUUGUUUAGGAUUGCCUUCUGAUAAUCAAUUUCGUUUCUGGAGUUAGCGCAGUUACUCGUAAACUAAGUGCUAGGAUGAAAUCUGAAACACCGAUGUAGAAUAAACAUGUGUUUUGAGAUCAUGUAACGUUCCCCAACUUUUGCCUAUCAAUUUUGAAAACGGGAAUGUGAUUUGUGCUUAUUUUUAGAGAAAACGACAUGAACGUUUAAGAAAUUACUGACAAAAAUUCUUCUCCUGCCCCUCCGGUCCUGUAGAUUUUGAAGCCGCUGGGCCCCGCUUUUUACUCCCUAGCUGGACAGCUGGUUCGGGUUCUGCCCCAUGACUAACGCAGCUGACCCUGAAGUGGAAGUUGCGAACAUAGAACAAGCGUUGUUCCUUAGGGUGGUGUCCCUAAACUUGAAAUUGAACUUGGUCCUGCUUGCGGGUGGGCUUGCACGCGCCAGGCUUCGUGUGGUGGCUCUCGCGCGCUGGCCCUGGAGCGCCAGCGUGGGUGACCCGUGCCCCACCUCAGACGGUCUUUUCACCCUGUUCCGCUUCUGGGCGGGGUGAGGGGAAGACAGAGGGUGCCUUCCCUCAGAGCCGGGCAGCCAUUGUGCCUUGGGAACACGGUCUGAGUAGAGUUGUGUUGGCACGGAUGAAGGUGCUCAGCGGCCCUCCUAGGGACUCGAGGGUCUGUCCGUGCUCUCCUUGUCCAGGAGCUGCGGGCAGGGAGCGGGAGGUGGACUGCCAGCAUCGGCUUGGGUCAAGGCUCCACUGCUGCAGGGGGCCCCAUCGGUCCGCCCCCAGGGCGCCUGGGGUGGGUGCACUGUGAGCGGGUAGCGAGGCCGUCAGUCAGGGCGGCGGGCGCUGAUUGGCUGGCGGGCGGGCGGGGGCCGGGCGGGGCGGGGCUCAGCGUUCGUUCACGCUGGGGUUCCCCUGUGAGGAGCGCUGCAUCUUCCAGCGGAUCUUGAAGUGCUUUCCUCAGCUGCGAAGGGCACGGUCGCUGGGAACACAACCUAAUGAAGAACCAAAGCUUUAGCAACUGAGCUCAAAUAAUAAGUUCCUCCCAGGGAAAGAUUAGAAGAUGAGUUUGUGCUCGGAGUGAAUCCGUGCCCGCCCCACCUCCCCCCCCCGCCCGACUUUCUUCACCAAUUAGAGAGCAUUUAGCCUGUGACCACUUAAAUUUUCGCAAGAUUUGCAUAGACAUGAAUGUGACCACUCGCAUUUUCUAUUUUUUUCCCCAAAUCAGUCUCCAUUGGAAUUUUUGACUUCCCUGAUGGCUAUUUCGGAAUAAAACCAUGUAGCUGGGUAUUUCAUGAUGGGUAGCUCCAAAAAAAUUUUUUUUAAAGAAAGAAAACCCCAGGGAUCUAGAAAAUGCUCCCAAAGCCUUUUUUGACGAGGAGGAGGGGUGCAGACACUGCCUUCGGCACAGCGGACCUGGAAGGAGUGGGGUGUGUGCAGGACAGAGCCCAGGAGAACCGUUAGACGUGUGGCCAGGCCGGGAGGCAGGGCCUUCUGCCUUUCUGUCUCUUUCUGGCUCUUUCCGCAGAGGCCUGGGCAGUUGCCUUCUCCUUUCUGAAAAGAGCCGUUUUCUGGGCUGGGCACUGUGUCUGCCUCCGGGCCGGGCGUGGUGGCUCACGCCUGUAAUCUCAUCACUUUGGGAGGCUGAGCUGAUGAUCAUCUGAGGUCAGGCGUUUGAGAACACCCUGGGCGACAUGGUGAAACCCCGUCUAUACUAAAAUAAUAAUAAUAAUAAUAAUAAUAAAACUAGCCGGGCGUGCUGGGCGCAUGUAGUCCCAGCUCCUCAGGACAUUGAAGCAGAAUUGGUUGAACCCUGGAGGCGUGAGCUGAGAUCGCGCUUCUGCACUUCAGCAUAGCAACAAGGGUGUAACUCCAUCUCCAAGAAAAAAAAAAAGCCAUUUUCUGGGAAUGAAGGUGGAGGGCCACACAGAGCCCAGCCAGCUCCCGCGGCUUCCACUUUUACACCCUCCUCAGGGAGCCGGCUCCCAUACCCUUCCCUGCCACCCCAAAGCUGGACGCCAUUGUCCUCUCCCGCCUGCCCUCUGUCAGGUCUCCCUCCAGGACGCAGUUGCUCGAUGUUCUGUACUGGAAGUACGUCGCCACGGAGGGCAGCAGGUCGCUGUUUGGGAACCAUCAUGCUGUGCCGGUGGCUAAAGGUUGCCUGCUGCCAGGCGCUUUGCUGAGUGUGCCCUGUCUUACUCUGAGACAGUCCGUGGCAUCAGGCUUGACCCCCCCCCCCCCACCAGCAGGCCCGCUCCAUGAGCUGGGGCCUCUGCAGCCAUAUGGUAGGGCAGCUUACCAAGCCAGGGCACUGACUUCUGUCCCAAGGCUGGGCAGGGAAAACAGCAGUGCCAGGCACUCUAGGACCCUAAAAGGAAUUCAGUGACUUUACAUGGCACGGCCUCUCUUCUCUUUGAGACUUACCUCCCUUUUGCUGGACCUUUUCUCAUAACUGUGAUUCUUCCUUCUUCUUAGGGGGAUAACUCUUCCCUUCUUCACAUGCUGGGACCUCACUCCAGGAGGUUCUGGUGGAGCAUGAACCACUGGCUGGGGCAUGGCCAUUGGAAGCUUCCCAAGCGAUGCAAAUGCACAGCCCUAAUAAAGCUUUUCAAAACUGUACAUUAGAAACAGGUCACUUUUACAUUCAUGUUGGAAACUUGUCUUGAGACGAAUACUUUUGAGCCACUGGGAUUUUGGGGGGAAAUAUAGCUAAAAGGGUUAGGAAAUGAUACCUAAGGAAAUUCUCCCAUCUGAUGCUUGCUUGCUGAAAACUUGAGUGUUUUCUAUUAAGUGAGGCAUUGUGGUUCCUGUGCUGACUCUGGUAGGCUCAUUAAUUUUUUAAGAAGUUGGAGCUCUGAUGGUUUUCAGGGAUGCUGAGUAGCUGGUACCAGAUGUUUCUUUUGUUAAGGGCAUAGGUAAUCAGGCUAUAGCAGACCACUCCCUUGGUCUGACACUAUGGGUUUUGUGGUGGUGGAUAUUUUCUUAAACCAAGAAGGGUGUGGGGAGGUGCAUGUUCUAGUUUCUAGUUGGUCUUUCCCCCAACACUGGCUCUUGCAGUAUUAUCUUAUGUAGAGGUGUUGACUCAAUUAUCAUUAGGCCCAGCUCUGUUAGAAGAAGAGUAAAUGGUGUUCAGGGCCUCUUUAUCUAGACCGUUUUGCCACAACUGAAGUGACAGCCUGUGCUUCUAACUGAAUUCAGUCCUUUUUUUUUCACUGCCUUGCUGUGGAACAACAGCUAAGUCGGCCGCUCAUCAUUCGGAUGCAGACUUUACAGCCUCUGAACAGCCUCUGCUUUUGCAGUUUAUGAAUGCACCAUUUGUUGUUUUGAGCACAACUGUUAGAUACAACUGGCCUCCGCAGCCCACUCUGCCGGCGACCAGUGUGCAUCACUGCAGCCUUUUUUUCUUUUCUUUUCUUUUUUUUUGCAUAGGCCAAAUUUUUGCUUUAAAUACCACCAUUUUGUCCACACUAGAAUUUCUUUGACCCAGCUUAUAUUUUUUCAAAUGUAGUAAGUGUGCAGCACUUGGCUCAAACUGUUGGUCUAGGGAUCCUGAAUAAGUGCAAGUAUUUUACUGUAUUAAAGGGAGGGAUUGUUUUUGUGGCUUGGUUUUGCACAUAUUUUUUAUAUUCUCAAACAUGUGACUUCCAAAUUUUCCUUUAAAUUGGGUUGAAGAAAAAAUAUAAUGACUUAGGAAAUAAUAAAACUUUCUAUUUUUUCUUUUUGAGCUUUCUGCACAAAUAAUCGUCUUUAGUUUAGAACUUACGAUCUUAAAUGUUCUUAUAACAAAAAAUAAGACUUUGAGGUGAUAGAUGUUAGCUUGAUUUAACCGUUUCACAAUGUAUACAUAUAUCAAAACCUCACCUGUACACCAUACAUAUAUAAUUUUGUCAACUAUAUUGUAAUGUAAAAUUUAAUCUUUAAAAAAGAAUUUAAGGGAAGCCAUCAACACCAAACUUUACAAUGUGGUAAUGAAGAGUAUAAGUAACUGUUUAAUUUCAUGUUCUUCUGCUCUUGAAACAGGGUCUCAUGCAAAGGUGAUAGCAUUAAUGUUAGGAUUUUCAUUUUUGUUUUGUUUCUCUCACAUAUACAUUCUUUGACUCUGCGUAAUUAUAUAGGUGUUGUGUUCUCUGGUUAUAUGCAUUGACAUUCCUUCUUUCUUUUUACAAGCGAUUGCUAUUUCUUUGUAUUUUAGUUAAUAAAGUACAUUUUAAUCUUUUUCUGCUGUACUUUACAUAUUCAACAACUGGUUCAAAUUGUUGGUUCUAACUGCUUGUAGGCCUUGAUUCUGCCAAGGAGAUAAAUUUCUGUGAAGGCAGCAGUAAACAUCCUACAGCAACCAACUCUAUGAGCCUCGGUAUCCUGGAGCUUCCAAAAAUGAAACAGUCACUUGUUGAAAAUGAAGCAGCUUUCUAUAGUUGAAUUUCUAAGUAGAUAUAUUUAUUUGUUGUCUUUCAGAGAGGUUAUGGAGGCCCUGGGUUACAUUUACGUUUUUUAUAAAAUUGUGACAUACAAACAUAGUCGAAGGGGAAAGUAUAAUCUUUUGUAAGAGUCACGCUUUGUUCUUCAUCUCUUUGUGUAGAGGGGAAGGUCUGUCUUUUUAUGAUUAAAAAGGACACCGACUCUUCCCACUACCUGAAGAACCCUGAAGGUCCAUGUGAAGCCUAAGCAGCCAUAAACAAGUUAGGGAGAAAUGAGCUUGUGUAUUAGUGCUUCCAAGAGCAGCUUUCUCAGCUCUGAUCUGUUCUAAUUUUCACCGCAGGUUUACAUGUGUGGUCCCAUGUUUUGGUGGCUGGUUUUGAUCUGCACCUUUAAACUGAGCAAAGUCUCCUUGGACUUUUCUCCUUUUCCCAUAGUUUCUUGCUGGCUUCUACCUGUGAUUAAUAUGUGUGUUGCUUAAAAUGGCAAUUGAAACAUCACCAGGAAUUUUCACCAGGUAGAAACUGCUUUUCUAUAUCAAAACAACCAGUACAGCUUAGCUGAUGCUUCUGUUGCUAAGCAGGUAAAUUUCUGGUCUUCAGGCUGCCCUUCUUAACCCUGUAAAUGCCUAACAUCAACCAAGAAAGAAGAAAAGAACUUGAUGCUUCUUUUUUACCUAGCGCUUUGUUCAAGUGCGUGACAAUUGGACCUAGCCCAGCCUAAUCUCGAUGUAUCUGUUUUAGAGGACCUAAUCUCGAUUUCCCUUUUUGCAGGGUAGGAGGAGAAUUGGGAGAUGGAGAGGGCCUGUAGGGUUGGUUGUUUCCAGGGAAAUGUCAGCCCCAGUAGCUGAUAGUGGAGGUCUCACUCUAGAUGAUCAAAAUUAUGAGUUGAUUUCAGUCAGUAAUGGGCCUGUCUUUUCUUUGGAAUUUUUCUGUGCCUUUAACUGCCCUAUGCCUGUGGGGAAAAGAAGAGGGAAGAAAGGGGUUGCUGUUUGCAUCUAUUUGCCAGAAAGGAGUUAACAGAACAUACCGCAGAACAGGUUGGACAAGACUGUUAAAGCCAGUGAUGAAGCCUUCCCCUCCCCCCUCUUUUUCUCUUUCCCUGCCUCCCUACCCCACUUCUCUGUGUUCCUCUCCUUUCUGCUCUGUGCCCCCCGCAACCUUCCCAGGACUUCAAUACAUCUUCAGACUAGACUCCCCCCACCAACACACACACACACACACACACACACACACACACACACAGACACACUUCAGUGUCUGGCUUUCUUUCUAGGCAGAACAUCGAUGUGAAUAAAAUACUUUGUGGAGCCUGUGCGAGAAGCAGGCAGUGGCUGUGGGCCUCGGCCUUGCCAGCUGUUUCUAGAGCAGUCGAUGGCCUGCUUGCCGUGCCCUCUGUCAUGUAACAUAGGCCCCAUUCAGCAGCAGCAUUCUUGAGUGUGCAUUUAUGUCUCCGUGGGACUGUGGGGUAGAUGGCCUGAGAGCGGGGAAAGCAGGAGAUGGGAGGGGAGGAAGCGAGGUGGGGACGGAGAAGGAAGUGUGUGCACACGCAGACAGCUGGGGAGGGCAGUGAGGUGGAGUCACUAAAACCCAGUGCCAGUAAGUCAGGAGACGUUGCCUCUGGAAGCAUCCGCAGUUAGCUCUGACUUAUGGGACGUCUUGUGGCCAUAAAUGUGGAGAAACCAUGCUCUUUAAAAGUCAGUUUGGGUCUGAUAUAAGUUCUGCUUUGUGUUUGUGUCCAUUCACUCCGUAAACAUACCAUAUAUAGUCAUGGUUGAGCUCACUAUAACACGUAUUGCAAGGGAGCCACUAGUAGUGCACACAUCCUUUGGCUCUUAGAAGCAGACUCACAUAGGCUAUUUCUGGUGUGUUGUGGCUUUCUUCUUUCUUUUUUUGGGGGGAGAUGGGGGAGGGAGAGAAAGGAGCUCUUUUUCCUUCCAUCUUCACACUGUUUGGAAUAUGUUUCUGAUUGUAGUUUGUCUGGCACUCUGAAUGCUAAGGAACUGUAUUGUCACGGCAGAAGAAACAAUUCUCUGUGUGCAUCUGUUUUAAAAUAAAACUGUGUUUUUCUUAGUAUCUUAACAGGCAUUUUGUAGUUUAUGGUCUCCAGUCUCCAGCUGUUUUUAGAGCACCUUCUAACUUUGAGAGGGUGACCUCUAUCUAGCCUAUAACAUGGACUGUGGGUGGCUAGUGGAGGUACCUGGUGUGCUUUUCUGUGUCUUCUCUGGAUCCUCCCUGAGCUGUCCACCUCUGUUUACCAUGCUUCACCUUCAGACUGCUGGGGCAGGACAUGCAGCUUCUGCAGAACUCAUGGCAGCGGUUUUCUACUUGGCUGAGCUGGGUCUGUGAGGCAGAGAGCAAUCAGUAAUAGGAAAGAAAUGCAAUUGUUUUUUCUUUGCCCCCUUAGAAUACCUACUAUACUGCAUUUCAGCUUGGAGUGCGCAGCAUGAGGCAUUUGUGGUUCAGAUAAGAGGUCUUCCUUUUUCCUUUUCUUGUUUUCUUUUCCUUCCUUCUCCCCAACUCCCCAAAGGUUUACUUACUGCCUUUCUUCUCAGGCCACGUGUGUAGAUAACACUUGAGGAAAAGAUGGUUUCUGUGCUGGGAUAUUUGGAUAUUAUGUAAAGGGACAACAUGGGCCCUUUCUUUGCCUUGUUUUCUUUCAUUGGCCUCAUCAGAGUGAAUUAUAUCUGACUGUGUGACAGUUAAUUGUACCAUCCUUCCCGUGUCCUAAGCUGAUAAGCACCUCUCUGUCUGCCUCCAUCAAGCUUCUUUGUUUGAGAAGUUCCUAAUGCAGUAGAACAAAGUGACGGUUUUCUUAUUUACUGAAGUCUCUAAAGCACAUUUGUAAUGAAUGCUCUUCAUUGUAUCUUUCUUAUAACUUCAUUCCUUCAACUUAUGUAAUUGAAUUGUUCCAUAGUACCAGUAAUUGGUAAGUUAAAACUUCCUCAGAAACAUCAGUGAGUUCAGUAAAACAAAAUAAAACACUUCCUCCUUUUUUAAGCUAUGUGUAUUUAUUCUAAACUGUUAAUGGCUUGGUAGAUAGUGUUAAGAGUAAGACACUAGAUACUGUUGGAGUGCCAAUUACCGUUGUGGAUAUAGCAAUUGAUUAGCUAGCUGACUCAAGUAAUAUGUUGCUUAUGUAGAGGUCAUUUAUUUGGCAUGCUUCGGUCCAGAAUAUUCAACGGAUGUGCUUGUGGGUAAGAGCCAGCAGGGUGUAGGUGGGGGGAGAGGUAUAUAAAAUAAAGCUUUCAAAGCCACAAAGGUGUUAGGAAGUCUGGGUACUAACACUCCUGCUUUGAUUCCUAUUGAUCCUUUAGGACUGCACUUUCGCUCUAUUUAUUCUUACUGUAGAUACCGCCUUGACCACCUUGUCUCUCACAUUUUCCAGUCAACACUUCAGAGGCCAAUGUUGGGGGUGGAUAAAAGCCAUCAGAGGGAGACACAUUAACAGCAAGCAGAAAAGAUGUCAGGGGAUGAGCCAAGAAUUCACAUGGUGUGGUGCAUGGCGGGUUCCUCUUGGGGGAGUUUCACAGACUGGACAGAGGAGUCCUCUGAGUUGCUUCUUACAACUACCUGUGUAUCCACAAUUAUCUCAGUAAAAUUUUCAAUUGAGAAAAAAGCAUGACCACAUGGUAGAGUGGCAAAAGUAAAGUAGGGGAGGAUAUGUCAUUAGUUUCCAAAGGCGGCCUAGUAUAAGUUGUUCAUUGUGAUGAUCCUGAGUCACCCCUACAAAAGGUUGAAUUAAUCAUACAUUGAUUCACCAUGCUAUGCUUAAGGAGACAGGGAAGUUUGAAAGAUACUUAGAAUGAUUUACACCCAGGAGUUUUAGGUGGAAAAUUGAUUUCUGCAUACUUCCCUUCCCCUUCAGUGAUGUGCAGCUGCUUCAUGAGUUAACAUGAUGUGUUAGAAUAAACCUUUUGGUAUGGUUAGACAUACACUAAAAUAUUAUUUAUUUUGCCCAGAUUCGUAGAAAAAAGUUAUUCAUUAACAGAUUCAGAUGAUGUCCAAAUACCAUACCAGGUGGUCUGUAGGUUGUUUGUCUGUAUUCCCUUUUUUUUUUUUGGAGACAGAGUCUCACUCUGUUGCCCAGGCUGGAAUACAGUGGUGCAAUCUCGGCUCACUGCAACCUCCGCCUCCCAAGUUCAAGCAAUUCUCCUGUCUCAGGCUCUCAACUAACUGGAACUAUAGGCAUUCGCCAUUGCGUUCCCCUACUUUUUGUAUUUUUAGUAGAGUCAGGGUUUUGCUGUAUUGAUCAGGCUGGUCUCGAACUCCUGACCUCAAGUGAUCCACCUGCUUGGCCUCCCAAAGUGCUGGGAUUACAGGCAUGAGCCACCGUUGUGGCCAUUUGUCUGUAUUCCACUGCGCCUGGCCAUUUGUCUGUAUUUCUGAUGUGAAUUGUAUGAGUUUAUCACCAAAAGAAUAUAUAAAAUAUCAUGGAUUUUUAAAAGUAAAUGAUAAAGAAGAUCCCUAGAUACCAGAGAAAUCAUAGACAUCCUGGAAAACAUAGUCUCUGUAGAAAAGGAAUCCUGAACUUAAAGGAAGUCUCAAGUUAAGUUUAAACCAUCAGAUGGUGAAUUGAAAGAAAGGAGGGCCCUCAUCUUAACUAAGACUCUAAAAAACAUAGAAUUUUAGAGCUGGAAGGAAUGGACUUGCAAGGUCACUUGUUCUGUUUUUAUGAGUUUGUCUUCAUUUUACUCAGUGUUCUUUCACAAUUCAUGUCUGAGCCCAGAAUUGAACAAGUCACUUGGAAUAGUGUCCGCUUGGCUUUUUGGCCAUGAAGAAUAAUCCUAACUUGAAAAAUAAAAGAUGCUUACUCAGCAGAAAUUAUUAGAUUUUGGUUGGGUUGUUUUAUUUUGUGACAGACUUUGAUGCUUGUCACCCAGACUGGAGUGGAGUGGUUCAGUCUUGGCUCACCCAGGUUCAAGUGAUUCUCCUGCCUCAGCCUCCCGAGUAGCUGGGAUUAGAGGCGUGCACCACUAUACCCGGCUAAUUUUUGUAAUUUUAGUAAAGACAGGGUUUCAACAUGUUAGCCAGGCUGGUCUCAAACUCCUGACCUCAGGUGAUCCAACCACCUUUGCUUUCCUGAGUUCUGGGAUUACAGGCAUGAGCCACUGCACCUGACCUGUUUUUUGUUUUUUUUAAGGUUAUUUGCUAAUUUAUUCUUCUCCAUAGUUCGGUUUUACAAGUAGAGAACACUUCAGUACUCCACAGUGCUGUACCAGACUCUUUCUUGGUCUUGUUAAGUACUAAUAGACAUUUUCAUGGAAAUCCCAGGGUUGAAAAUUCCCGAGUUGCUAAUACCUGCUAAUGGUUGUCAAGUGGUUUGAUAUUAUCUACAUAAGUCCAGAGCAUUACUGGACCCGGGUUUUAAUAGACUCAUAGAUAGAUAAAUUCGAAACAUUGUCAUAUUAGUUUUUAAUUUCUUUAAGUCUUCUGUGCACUUAGAUUUGCUGUAACACAGAGUUAACAUAUAUAAGGUUGGUAGAAAUUUUUUGUUCCUGAUUCAGAUAGGGUUUGCAUGUGUUUUGGGUUUUUUCUCCAUAAGAGAAAUUGUUCCCUUUGAAAUUUGGUCUUGUACAUAUCCAUGACAACUAUACCUCCCGAUUGCUAUGCCGAAGGUGGAAAGUAUUCUCUUGUAGUGUAGACAUUGGUUGCACUGUCAGGUAAGGGAAAUGCAACUAAUUCCUAUUGGAAUUGCAUACUAGAAAUAGGAAUUAGUUGUCUGACUGUUAGAUGUUCAGGGCAAAUGGAAAAGAAAAACCAGGACUUCCAAGAAGCAGGUCUGUGUGUUGACUCUUUGGGUUGGAGACAGCACAGAGGGGGCUUGCAGGAUAGAUGUGGCCGAGGGUGGAAAAGCUUGUCUUCAGUGCCUUGUGAUAACCCAUGGAAGUGACCUGCAGCCUAUUGAGAUGGCGACUCCAUUUGAGACGAUGUGCUUGUAACAUCUGCUUGGUAGGCAGAGCCUCAAGGACAAAUGUUGGGAGACUGGGAUAGUGGAGCAAGGAGUUGCAGGGAAAGAAGCAUCCACACUUGGAUUUGAACAGCUGCUGGCUGCCCAGAGAUCAGCCUACAUGAAUCAUAGACACAGAGAACUCAUCUGUGCAGCUGGAGGCUGAACAUGGAGAGGGAAGGAAGGGAGCUGCUUUCAGUUAAUACUCUGAUGCUUCCAGAGUACUUUAAAGACAUUGGGUGGUUCAUGGUUUUAAAAGCUUCGCCAUUUUCACAUAAUUCUAUCUUUUAUUUAAUAUUAUAAAUGCUAUCAGUCUGCUUUAAACACUGACUAAAAUUGCUUUUACUAGACAUCAUAUUAUUUAUAAGGGGGGAGUUGAGACCCAAAGAGGAGGAUUUGAUCAAUUGAUUUAAGGUUGUUGGAGGAUUGAAAUGUUACUUGAAAUCCAAGAUUUCAAGGAAAAGUGGACAAUGCCUGCUUUUAUCUGAGGGAUUUCAGCAGUCAUAUGAUCUACAAAUCAGCCCCCAGGAGCAGCAAGCCCUGACAACCUCUGUGCUGUGGAGUCCACAGAGGAGGGACUUCAAAGUGGGCAGGAUGUGCUGGCUUGCAAGUCAUUUAGCUGAGAACUGGUUUUGGUCAUGGCCUUAACAUCUGCAUAGAAGUUGCACAUUGCAGGCACAUGACACUUGAAUGGCCUGAGAUUCAGAUACAGGUUGGUAGAACUUAAAGGGGAGGUAACAUUAGUGAGGUCACUGGGCAGCAGCACCACUGCUGAGCACACCCAGCAGUUCCUUGCAGGGCCCGGAGAAGGUAGCCUUGCCAGGUUGGGGCUGGGAGUGGAGAUCAUCUUGUUCUCACAAAUCAAUUACUGACACGUAGACAUGUAUAAAAGUCUGAAACCACAAAGCUCUUUGGACAUUUUGGCUAUAUAAAGCAUACCAUUUAUAAGCUCCCAGGAAUUAUAGUUUGAGUGUCUCUUGGGAUGAACAGAACUGUGGAUGAAAUAAACCAAGCAAGUGAGAUCACAAAAACGAUGUGAAAUUACUUUUAUAUGCUUUAGUUGUCAAAAUAUUGGAUAUUCUUAUUAUAUUUCUCUUGUAGACACAUACACAAGGACACUGAUUUGAGGGUGCAUUAUGAGUGUUAGACAAUCACCUUGCUAAAUAAUAGGGAAUUCUGGGGCUUUAUGGGAGAGUGAUAGUAAGAUGUGAUCCUAAGUUUGUUAGCUAUGUGUAUAAGUCCACUUGGUAUCUAAUUGCACGUUAUUCCUGUUAUUUCUAGUAUCCUAAGGGAAACUCCCCCACUGUUAGCUCCUUAUUUAAGUAAAUAAAUAAGCCUGUUUUAGGGUAUACAUGAAGACUUUGUUGGUCUCUCCAAUUUCUUAUAAGUGGUAUAUUAUGUGGUUUUAAAAACUAGACCUUUGCCGGGGCACGGUGGCUCAUGCCUAUAAUCCCAACACUUUGGGAGGCUGAGGCAGGCAGAUCACGAGGUCAGGAGCUCAAGAUCAGCCUGGCCAGUAUGGUGAAACCCUGUCUCUACUGAAAAUACAAAAAAAUUAGCCAGGCGUGGUGGCGCAUGCCUGUCAUCCCAGCUACUUGGGAGCAGGAAAAUGGCUUGAAACUGGAAGCCGGAGAUUGCAGUAAGCCAAGAUCACACCAUUGAAGUCUGGGCGACAGAGUUAGACUCCAUCUCAAAAAAAAAAAAAAAGACUCUCACUAAUGUUAGAUCUUCAGGUUUUCAUUAUUGUUAAGUGACUUUUUAUGUCUCCUGAAAGGAGAAAAUAAUCCACUCACCAAAAAAACGUGACAGUUGUUGAAUAGCUAUGAAAAAUAUUAGAGAAAUUCAGUUUUUAGUAUUGGGGCCUUUUUAUUAUUCUCAACUUUGAUUUUACAAGCUGAGCUAUAAAUGUGACCAAAUGCAUGACAUGAGUGUUUACCUUUUUUUUCUUUCCUUUUUGGCCACAUGCAAGUAUCUAAAGAGAUGGAAUGUAACACACCCAAAGAAUGAGGCACUCAAGUGGCCUAUGAACUUGAGAAGGCCAGGAGCAGCAGGGUCCCUUCAUCUCAGUGCUUAGCUUUGCCAGUGCUAAGUGGGAAGCAGACGUCACUGAGCUCCUUAGCAAUUUGUUCCUGACUUCGUGACUGGGAGGGAAUUGAGGAUGCUGAAGAAUACUUGCUGUUUGGCCAGUGGGAUUGAGCCGAAAAGCUGACUCCUAUUCUCCCAUGGGUUGCUGCAACUGUGUGCUCCGGGACUGGUGGCUCUGAGGUGUGACCCUGCCCACAUUUGGGCCUAGCCAGGUUCAGCCCCCCAGUAAGGAGGGAAGUUUGAUAACACAAAGAAAACAGUGUCAACGAGUGCUACGAAGAGAAGAAGAAAAGAGGUCAACACAGACUCAUUUCCUACUCCAUGUGGAUGAUAGCUACAGCAGGGGGAAAUAUCAUAGUCUAUCAGUUGGGUCAGAAAAUGGAGUUUUAUGGCAGAGGCUUCUUAGAAGCUUAAACCCCUGUCCCAAUGACGUCAAGUUCGCCUGUUGGCUUGGAAGGUUCAGACCUGUCUUCCAUCAACACCAUGAUGUCGGCGGUCAUGAGUGUAGGGAAGGUCACAGAGAAUGGCAGGAGCCCUCAGGGCAUCAAGUCCCCCUCGAAGCCUCCAGGACCAAAUCGGAUUGGCAGAAGGAACCAGGAAACAAAAGAGGAAAAGUCUUCCUAUAACUGCCCCCUAUGUGAGAAGAUUUGCACUACCCAGCACCAGCUGACCAUGCACAUUCGCCAGCACAACACAGACACUGGAGGAGCUGACCACUCAUGUAGCAUCUGCGGGAAGUCACUGAGCUCAGCCAGCUCCCUCGAUCGCCACAUGCUGGUGCACUCUGGCGAGAGGCCAUACAAGUGCACAGUGUGCGGCCAGUCAUUUACCACCAAUGGGAACAUGCACAGACAUAUGAAGAUCCAUGAGAAGGACCCUAACAGUGCCACAGCCACAGCCCCUCCAUCCCCGCUGAAGCGUAGGCGACUUUCCUCCAAGAGGAAACUGAGUCAUGAUGCCGAGUCAGAGAGAGAAGACCCAGCACCAGCUAAAAAGAUGGUAGAAGAUGGGCAGUCAGGUGACUUGGAGAAGAAGGCUGAUGAAGUCUUUCACUGCCCAGUAUGUUUCAAGGAGUUUGUGUGCAAGUAUGGACUGGAGACCCACAUGGAGACCCAUUCAGAUAACCCACUAAGAUGUGACAUUUGCUGCAUCACCUUUCGAACACAUCGAGGGCUGCUGCGUCACAAUGCGCUUGUCCACAAACAACUUCCCAGGGAUGCAAUGGGCAGACCUUUCAUACAGAAUAACCCUUCAAUUCCCGCUGGCUUCCACGACUUAGGAUUUACGGAUUUCUCCUGCAGGAAGUUUCCUCGAAUUUCUCAGGCCUGGUGUGAAACAAACCUGCGGAGGUGCAUCAGCGAGCAGCACCGUUUUGUCUGCGACAUCUGUGACAAGGCAUUUCCCAUGCUCUGCUCGCUGGCGCUGCAUAAGCAGACCCACGUGGCCACAGACCAGGGUCAAGAAAAGCUGCAGGCCAUGACCCUGCCUGAUGAGGCCCUGGAGCAGAAGGGCUUCCUGGCCUUGCUGGGCCUGCAGCACACCAAAGACGUCAGGCCUGCCCCCACCGAGGAGCCCCUGCCAGAUGACAACCAGGCAAUCCAGCUCCAGACACUCAAGUGUCAGCUACCUCAGGACCCUGGCUGCGCCAACAUACUGAGCCUGUCUCCUUUUGAAGCUGCUUCUCUAGGCGGUUCUCUCACAGUUCUCCCCGCGACUAAGGACAGCAUAAAGCACCUGUCCCUGCAGCCCUUCCAGAAGGGCUUCAUUAUCCAGCCUGACAGCAGCAUUGUGGUCAAGCCAAUUUCUGGUGAGUCUGCGAUCGAGCUGGCGGACAUCCAGCAGAUUCUGAAGAUGGCAACCUCGGCUCCCCCUCAAAUCAGUCUUCCUCCCUUCUCCAAGGCCCCCGCCACCCCACUGCAGGCGAUCUUCAAGCACAUGCCCCCUCUGAAACCAAAGCCCCUGGUCACACCAAGGACGGUGGUGGCCACCUCCACACCCCCGCCUCUCAUCAACACCCAGCAGGCCUCCCCCGGCUGUAUCAGCCCUAGCCUGCCGCCACCGCCCCUGAAGCUCCUCAAAGGCUCAGUGGAGGCGGCCUCCAACGCCCACCUGCUGCAGUCCAAGUCCGGGACCCAGCCCAACGACGCCACGCGGCUCUCCCUGCAGCAGCCACCGGCAGAGCUGCCAGGCCAGCCCGGGAUGAAGACUCAGCUGGAGCAGGACAGCAUCAUCGAGGCCCUGCUGCCGCUGAGCAUGGAGGCCAAGAUAAAGCAGGAGAUCACCGAGGGGGAGCUCAAGGCCUUCAUGACAGCGCCCAGUGGCAAGAAGGCACCCGCCAUGCGCAAGGUGCUCUACCCUUGCCGCUUCUGCAACCAGGUGUUUGCCUUCUCAGGGGUGUUGCGCGCCCACGUGCGCUCCCACCUGGGCAUCUCGCCGUACCAAUGCAACAUCUGCGACUACAUUGCUGCCGACAAGGCUGCGCUCAUCCGCCACCUGCGCACGCACAGCGGGGAGCGGCCCUACAUCUGCAAGAUCUGCCACUACCCCUUCACUGUCAAGGCUAACUGUGAGCGGCACCUGCGCAAGAAGCACCUCAAGGCCACCCGCAAGGAUAUCGAGAAGAACAUUGAGUAUGUCAGUAGCAGUGCGGCCGAGCUGGUGGAUGCCUUUUGCGCCCCAGACACAGUGUGCCGGCUGUGUGGAGAAGACCUGAAGCACUACCGGGCCCUGCGCAUCCACAUGCGCACACACUGUGGCCGUGGCCUGGGUGGGGGUCACAAGGGCCGCAAGCCCUUUGAGUGCAAGGAGUGCAACGCCGCGUUUGCGGCCAAACGCAACUGCAUCCAUCACAUCCUCAAGCAGCACCUGCAUGUGCCAGAGCACGACAUCGAAAGCUACGUCCUGGCCGCUGACAGCCUGGGCUCUACAGAGGCCCCACCCGCUGAGGCCUCGGGGCAUGGGGAGGAUGGUGGUUGUGCUGCCGUUGGUGACCGCAAGCCCCUCAGCACCUUCCUGGAGCCCCAAAAUGGCUUUCUUCACCGGGGCCCCACCCAGCCUCCGCCUCCCCAUGUCUCAGUCAAGUUGGAGCCUGCCAGCAGCUUUGCUGUGGACUUCAACGAGCCCCUGGACUUCUCUCAGAAGGGCUUGGCGCUGGUCCAAGUGAAGCAGGAAAACAUCUCCUCCUUCCUGAGCCCUUCUUCCCUGGCCCCCUACGACUGCUCCAUGGAGCCCAUCGAUCUGUCCAUCCCCAAGAACUUCAGGAAAGGGGACAAGGAUGUGGCCACUCCAAGUGAAGCCAAGAAGGCUGAGCAGGAGGCAGGGAGCAGCGGGCAGCCCUCUCCCUGCCCACCACCCUGCCCUUCUCUUCCCGUGGCUUUGGGGCCCAGUGGUAUCCUGGAAAGCCCCCUGGCCCCUGCGCCGGCAGCCACCCCAGAGCCUCCAGCACAGCCCCUGCAGGGCCCUGUUCAGCUGGCGGUCCCCAUCUACUCCUCAGCCCUGGUCAGCAGCCCUCCCCUCGUGGGCAGCUCAGCCCUCCUGAGUGGCACAGCAUUGCUGCGGCCACUGAGGCCCAAGCCCCCCCUACUUUUGCCAAAGCCCCCCGUGACAGAAGAGCUGCCCCCGCUGGCCUCCAUUGCCCAGAUCAUCUCAUCUGUGUCCUCGGCCCCCACCCUGCUGAAAACCAAGGUGGUGGACCCAGGGCCCACGAGCACUGGCAGUAACACCACAGCUUCAGACAGCUUAGGAGGCUCCAUCCCCAAAGCUGCCACCACCACCACCGCCCCUGCUGCCACCACCAGCCCAAAAGAGUCCAGCGAGCCUCCCGCUCCAACUAGCAGCCCAGAAGUUGCCUCUCCCACCGAGCAUGGCCCAGCGGGCGCCUCAAAGAAGAGGGGCCGGAAACGGGGGGCGAGGAGCCGACCCCGUGCCAACAGUGGCGGGGUGGACCUGGACUCCAGUGGAGAGUUUGCCAGCAUCGAGAAGAUGCUGGCCACCACUGACACCAAUAAGUUCAGUCCAUUUCUGCAGACAGCAGAGGACGACAUUCAGGACGAGGUGGCUGGAGCCCCGGCCGACCACCAUGGGCCCAGUGACGAAGAGCAGGGCAGUCCCCCAGAAGACAAGUUGCUGAGGGCCAAGCGGAACUCCUAUGCCAACUGCCUGCAGAAGAUCACCUGUCCCCACUGUCCCCGGGUUUUCCCUUGGGCCAGCUCCCUACAGAGGCACAUGCUUACACACACUGGUCAGAAACCCUUCCCUUGUCAAAAAUGCGAUGCCUUCUUUUCUACCAAAUCUAACUGUGAACGCCACCAGUUGCGCAAACACGGAGUUACCACCUGUUCCCUGAGAAGAAACGGGCUUAUCCCCCAGUCAAAAGAGAGUGAUGUUGGAUCCCAUGAUAGCACAGACAGCCAGUCGGAUGCAGAGACAGCGGCCGCCGUGGGCGAAGUGCUAGACCUCACCUCGCAUGACAGAGGGCAGCCAUCGGAGGGCACCGCUGAACUCCAGCAUGUCACAAGGGAUGCCCCCGCUGAGCAGGCUAAGAUGGAAACGGUCUCGCCUUUGCACCAGGAAGAGCAGGGGCCCCGGGAGAGCCAUGAGCCGGAGGAAGCGCAUGGCACCGAGGAGAGCACUGGUGACGCCGAUGGCUUAGAGGAGGACGCGGCCAGCAACCAGAGCCUGGACCUGGACUUCGCCAGCAAGUUCAUGGACUUCAAGCUGGCCGAGGGCGAGGGAGAGGCGAGCGCCGAGGGCGCGGCUGCGCAGGAGCAGAAGCUCGCCUGCGACACCUGUGGGAAGAGUUUCAAGUUCCUGGGCACCCUGAGCCGCCACCGGAAAGCGCACGGCCGCCAGGAGCCCAAGGAGGAGAAGGGCGAUGGAGUCAGCACUGCGGAGGAGGGGCCCCAGCCCACCCCUGAGCAGGAGGAAAAGCCCCCCGAGACCCCUGCGGGGGUGGUAGAGUCGGCCCCAGGUGCCGAGGAUGCCCCGGCAGAAAAGCCCUCGGAGGAGACUGAGGGCCCCUCCGAUGCGGAGGGCGCGGCUGAGAAGAGGUCCUGGGAGAAGAGUGAUGAUGACAAGAAACCAAAGACAGACAUCCCCAAAAGCGUGGCCAGCAAGGCAGACAAGAGGAAGAAGGUCUGCAGUGUGUGCAACAAGCGGUUCUGGUCGCUGCAGGACCUGACCCGGCAUAUGCGCUCCCACACAGGGGAAAGGCCAUACAAAUGUCAGACCUGCGAGCGAACCUUCACCUUGAAGCACAGCCUGGUUCGCCACCAGCGGAUCCACCAGAAAGCCAGGCAUGCCAAACACCAUGGGAAGGACAGUGACAAGGAUGAGCGGGGUGAGGAGGACAGCGAGAACGAGUCCACCCACAGCGGAAACAACCCCAUCUCGGAGAAUGAAGCUGAGCUGGCUCCCAAUGCCAGCAACCACAUGGCCAUCACCCGGAACCGGAAGGAGGGCUUGGCCAGUGCCACCAAGGACUGCAGCCACAGGGAAGAGAAGAUCACAGCAGGGCGAGCAUCCGAGCCUGGCCAGGGUGACCUUAACCCAGAGAGCCCUGCGGCCCUGGGGCAGGACCUGCUGGAGCCCUGCAGCAAGAGGCCCGCCCACGCCAUCCUGGCCACGGCUGACGGUGCCUCACAGCUCCUGGGGAUGGAGUGACAGCCUCAGCCCCCCUCAGCACAGACAAAAGCCAGCAGAGCAAAGCAUCGCAAGUCUAUACUUCGUGGGGUUUCCUCAGUUCCCUUCCGCUGUUGGGGAUUAAGAGAGAGUGAGUGAGAGAGACAAGCAGGAGUGUGGCCGCUCACUCAGUGCCAUAGCCUCACCGCAGCCUGCGUGGGAGGCCCCAGCCCCUGCCGAUUCCAGUGCCUUCACUACUUACCGGAUCUCUCCAUAUCAUCAUGGGUGUUAUAUUUUUCCAAAAUGACUUCUUAAGACAAAUAUAAUGAAUUGGCUGGAGAGGACCUCUUCAUUUGAGCAUUAGCGUUAUUUUAUAUUGGUGUGUGUGAGCUUGUUCUUGUGAAUCUGUGAUAGCACCGUUUGUUCUGUGAGCUGGAAACAGAAGGAAAAAACAUACCCUUGGGUACCCAUAGCCAAUAACUGGAAGAAAAUGAUGUGAAUUUCAUGUAAAUGACCAGAGGAGAGAUGGAUAAGAUGAUAAUUUCUCAAAUAGACAUUUUCCUUUUUUUCUGUGUGCUUCAUGGUGGAGUUGUCAUCUGGUCCUUGGUAUUACAGGAUGUGGUUAAUGAAGGUUUCCAAUAUGGUUUCAAGCCAAAACCAGGAAAGAGUCUAGCUUCAGCCUCCUGUCCGUUUCCACUCUGUCAGCGUUAGACAUGGUCACUGUUCGAGUUUCAAGACAUCCGCUCUUAACUACAGAGAAGAGUUACUCCCCUGGCAUCUUAACCUAUGGAAAACAUGCACGGAUAGCAUAUAUUUGAUUGUCCCCUUUCCCUUUUAGUAUAUGUAUUAUUAAUAUUAUUAUUAUUUUUAGUUCAUCAGUUUGCUGGUCUCUGCAGUCAGCAGAAUCAAAUGGGCAAUAUUUGUCCUGGGAGACCUGUGCCACACCCAGGUCCCCGAGUAAACGUGUGCCUGCGGCUGUGGUUGGCACCUUCGGGUGGUAGCUCUUCUACUGUACUGAGACAAGCCUUUCUUCCGUCACUGCAGAAUUUGGCCAUGAGCAGUCUUCCCAAGCAUGGCCCAGGAGCAGCUCAGAGAGGGUGGAGUGAGGAUGUGUGCAUCCAGGGAACGGGCAUCGAGAAGCCAGGGUUGUGCCCGGAGCACUGCAGAGAUGGCUUUGGAGAAAGCAAAGCAGUGACCCAGUGACCAGGCACGUUACUCAUGUGUGAGGUAUUCCCAGUCUUCCCGCUAAGCCCAAUCCAAGCCUUCCCCAGCUGUGCUACUGUCAUUUGCAAAGCGAGGAAAUACUACUACUGGUAAUAAAACUACACAUGCAAGAUGUCAGAUGAGAAAUAGAUUUAUAUUUACCUUCCUGCAAUGUGGGGUUGGUGCUUGAAGAUAAAUGUGCUGUUUCUAGUUUCUUAAAUAGCUGAAACCCCUGGUUGCAAAAAAGCAGGAUUCUUUUUACUCAUGCAGGCAAUAGACUUCCCUUAGUGUCGCUGCCCACAGGGAGGAGAAUAUAGUCCACUGCAACUGAGCUUCUGGUCUCUCAGCCAAGACCUCAGGGCCAGGGGGAGCCCAGGCAGCCUGCUGCCGGGAACUCCUGGCUUGCUGCAGUGCGUGGAGCCUCUUGCCUUCCCCUGGGGAGGCACCCCUGUGCCCUAGCUUCCUUCCCCAGGCCUUUUCUGGCCCCACAUGCUCCUCCUUUUCUUAGACUUGUUCUCACAGAAACAUGCAUGCCCCUUUCUCUCCACCACCUCACUGAUUUCUGAAAUCCAACCUCCCAGACUUCAAAGGAAGAUAGAUAUUCUUGAGAUAAUGAAAAGUGAUAUCUUUGCAUAUGAAAGGAAAAAAGGUUGCGGUAUAUAUGACUUUUAACUGUAUUAGGGAUGUAUGAACCAGUUUAAAAACAAGGUUUUAUUUAAUGUAGAGAUGAAUGCAAAUCAGAACCAAUGAUUUCUUGGUCUACUUAGUUAAAACCAGUUCAUACAUCCCUUAGGCUUUUUUUUUAUUAUUAUUACAGUUUUUGUUGUUAUUUUUGUUAUUAUUAUUUGGGGUUUCUUAUGUUUUUUCUUUGCGACUCUCCACACUAAACUCGCAAUAUUGUGGGGAGAAGCUGUGACUAAACUCUACGCUGCGGUGAGAUGUAGCAGUAAUCAGCUCCCAGCGACGUGUGUAGCCCGGGCUGCCGCUCGCAAUAAUCACUAUUGAUUUAAAGCUUUACUUAGCCUUGAUCUGUACCCUCAUAGUCAAUAAGGUCUUGCCACAUUAGUGAGGUGGAGAAACGUGUUAUUUGUUUGUUGUUUUUGCCCUCCCUCCACCCCCCCAAUAUUAAACUGUGAAAUUUGUGAUUUGUUUGAACUCUGGGUGAAUCAUAGCUUAGUUUGCAUGUCCAGCUAAUUUGUUUCUAUACAUUUUGUUGAUUCUCUUUCUCCUUCUCUCAGGGCUUUUACAAAAAAAUAUAUAUAUAUGGAUCUUCUGAAAAGUUUUUUGAGGUGCAAGUUUUUUCUCUCGUUUUUUUUUUUUUUUUUUCCUCAUUGAUUAAUGGACAUGAUGCUGAGAUUCAAUCACUACAUGAAACACCUGGCUGUGAAAACAAAAGAAAACCCAGAGGGCUGUUUUCCAAGCAUCACUGGGGAAGCUACGUAACAGUCGGAUGCCGGUUUCGGAAAGAUUCACCAUACGUUCUGAUCCUCUGUUCGUCUCUGUGCUCUCCACUUUCUUCAGAAGGAAAUUGAUCCUAGUGAUUUCAGCCCAUGCAUUAAACAGGAAACAAUAAUUUGUAGAAUUCAUAUUUUUCUAAAGGGAACUUAAAAACUGCUGCUACAUGUUAUGUACAAAACUGGUUUAUGCCACAUGAACAGAGAAUCACAAGUUUGGUUUUGGUACUUUUUGUUCCUCUUUAUAUUCAGUUGUAUAGAACUUCCAAAUUCAGAAUGAGAAGAAAGCUGUUCUGUAUCAAACCAUCUAAGCAAUAAAUGGUAUAUUUUAAAAGCGGCAGAUUGCCGGUCA